GUUUCUUACUCACAUGCGCCGCUCGAGCUCGUGCUUCCGCGUCGAGAUCUCGAACUCGACGCGUUUGAUGGGCUCGCCCUUGAGGCCCAUCGCUUUGGCCUCCUCCAAAAAGGCGGCCCGGUCCUCGAUCUCGCGCGAGAUCUGCUCGAUUUGCUGGGUCUCGAGGGACUUGGGCUCCGGGGCCGCGGCCGCGGGCUCCUCCGUCAGGCCCCGUCGCUUCCGCCACUCGCGCUCGACGCGCGCCUCCUCCAAGGCUUGCGCUCUUCUCUCGGAAGGCAGCGUCGUCUUGCCGAGCGUCAUCUCGUCGGGCAGGGCCUUGCCGCCCCCAAAUUGUGCGAUUUCUUGCAAACGAGCUUUCUCGGCGUCCGUAGAAGAACCGUUGACGCGGGGAGGUCUAUAAGCGGCGUUGCGCAUGGACAUGUCCUCGAGAAUCUCGUCGAUCGCCGCCGUGUUGCGCUUGCGGGCCACGAAAUCAAUGGGCUUGUACGUCGGUCGCGCGUACUUCUUGCGCCAGGGCUCGACGGUGGACGCCUUCUCUCGUCUAUGAGAAUUCGAGCGCGCGUCAGUUGCGUCGAGCUUCGCGCCGCCGGGGAUGAAUUUCGGCAUUUGUUUCCUUGGCUUGGUCGUCAGCUUGGGAUAAGCUAUGUUAGGGUGGCCCGCCGAACUGCCAUACAACUUCUUGAGCAUGCGGCCGGCCUCCGUCGACGUGUCGAAGGCCUGCCAGGCCUUGUUCUGGGCCAUGCUUGGCUGGGGGCGCCGGGGGGCAGCCUCCACGGACUGGCUUCGCAACCGGUUUUUGGGUCGAAACCCGCGCGUCACCGCGGCGCGGGAAGCCAGCAGAGAGGCGUCCCCCGACGGCUCGCGGGA